ACUUACUUCUCUGGCCAAGAAAAGGUAUCAUUUUCAGAUAAAGAGUUAGGAUGUGAAAAAUGGAAAUACCAUAGGUGCUCUUGAGGUUCAUGAAUUUUUAUUGUCUAUCCAGCCAUUAACUCCGAGUCCAUAUAAAAAGAUUAAUAAGCUUGUAAACAUAAUCGUUCUUUCACCCAGUAUGAAUUAUUUAAAUAUCUGGGUCUGAACUUUUUGAUGUCGUCUUUUUUGGCUCUUUGUCAUGAUGUCCAUGUCCAUUUAGCUAUUUGGUUUUCGAUCACAAAUAUACCCAACUGCAUUUCUGUGGACGUAAUGAAUUCAAUUAUCAUAUAUUGACUGGAGUACACUACGUAUGGGUCAAGCCGUAUUGUUUUUUCAUCCUCAUUUUAGGGGAUUGUAUAUUACGAGUGUAAACCAAUAAAACAUUUAAGGGAGUUACAAGAUUUUGUUAGUUUUUCAGUCUCUAGUUGUAACAGACCUAUCACUAACCAUGUGAUGGCAACGUGCAGUAGUGACUCAUCUGAUGUAAUACCACUAUCCUUUCAAGCAUACAUAUAUAAUAUUGAUUUCGGGAACUUGGUAAUAUAACUUCCAUGUGUUGUUCGUCCUGUGAAUGUAUAGGAUCAUGUUAUAUAUCAUCGCAAAGUAAGGACUCCAUUAGGAGCAUAUGUAUCAACUCAUUUUUUAUCGACAUUCAGUAAAUAAUGUUUCUUUUCCUAUUUUCAUAGUAAGUUGGUAAUGUCUCGUUCUCUGGUUAUAUUGAAAGAUAUCAAAAAUUGGAAUAUCUUUAGUGGGUUAUGUAUACGUCGACCCGCAGUUAUUGCACCAGAAUUAAAACCACUUGAAAAACAAGUAGCCGAUCUAAUUGAAAAGAUCGACUUUGAAAGAAGCCACUUGUCGGCACAUGAAUUAAGACAUGAAAUUGAAACCAAAAGAAUUGCUAAUGCCCUUUCAAAAGGAAUAAGUAAAAGUGCACAAGAAUCACUAGUAACUGCUCGUGAAGCUGAAAUAAUGUGGGAGUUAGAGGCUGAGCAGUAUAAGCCAGCAGAACGAUUGACAGAAAAUGAUAAAUCUGAAAAUUUAAAGUCCGCUUGGCGUGUGUUAGAUAAACCUUUGUAUUUGUUAGUCCAAUCUCAGAAAAAUGUAUCCGGUGAAUGGAAUCUUCCAAUUGCACCAGUAUCCGAUGGAAAAAAUUUAAGACAGGUCGCUGAUUCAAUAGCAACAAAUUUAUUACCAUCAAGAGCUAAAUGGUGUAUAUUUGGCAAUACACCAGUUGCUGUUUGGUUAACCAGAGAUAGAAAUAAAGAAGAUACUGGUAUACAGGUAUACUUUUACAAUGUCUAUGUUGAUAGACAUUGGCAUGGUGAAGAUUUAAUUUUAAAUAAUGAUUACAAUAUUGAUAAUUUUGCAUGGAUACCAAGGACUGAAUUUAAAAAAUUCAUUCAACCAAAAACACUUUUAAAAACUAUAAAAUCAUUUGCUAUUGAUUAUUGAAUACUUUAUUGAUUUAUUUUUUUCCUCGUCACUGUACAUGAAACAAAUUGUUGUAAAUAGCCUUCUCUUUUCUAUACUUCAAAUAAAGUUAUAUUAAUGAA